AAUCGUGAAAUUGACGUGUCCGGGUAAAUUUCACAAAUUUAGUCAAUCUUUUUAAAUGAAUCGCCGGAAUGGCUGGGCAAAAAUUUGAGUACGAUGAAACGGGCAAGUCAUUCCUGUAUUUCAUCUUGUCAUUUUUGGCGUUAAUUUUGAUCCCCUCAUCGUUUUAUCUGUGGCCUAAAAAACAAUCCAAAGAAGUCGAGGACAAGGAUGUGUGCCAGUGCGAAGGAUGCGUCAACAAACGCCUGGAAUUGACAAAACAGAACAAAAGUCACGUCAGAUCGUUCUUCAUCAAGACCGCAAUUAUCGUGGGAUGGAUAAUUUUCGCUCUUGUGGUUUACAAAGUCUCCCAAUUCGAUUAUGAACUGGCGAAUUUCGAUCCGUACGAGAUAAUGGGAGUGCCGCCGGGUGCUACAACCGCCGAAAUUCGUAAAAUGUACAAGAAAAUGUCGCUUGUGCUGCAUCCGGAUAAGGAAACGGGUGACGAAAAGAAGUUUAUGAUGCUUACGAAGGCAUAUCAGGCCUUGACUGACCCCGAAGCGCGGAAAAAUUGGGAAAAAUAUGGAAACCCGGAUGGACCUGGAGCAAUGUCCUUCGGAAUUGCACUUCCUUCGUGGAUUGUCGAGAAAGAUAACUCCGUUUAUGUGCUCGGAUUGUACGCGCUGGUGUUUAUGGUAGCAUUACCCGUUGCCGUAGGUACUUGGUGGUAUCGUUCGAUCCGUUUUAGCGGCGACAAAGUCUUGCUUGACACGACGCAGAUGUAUUUCUACUUUUUCCACAAGACCCCGAUGAUGGCGAUGAAACGUGUCAUCAUGAUUUUGGCUGCCAGUUUGGAAUUUGACAAGCGACACAACUCCCAAGUCGUCGAAAGGCAAUCCGAUAAUGACGAAGUCCCUCAAUUAAUCAAACAACUCCCGAAUUUGAACGAAAAAUGCAAAGAAAUGCCACUUUGCCGGACUUAUUCGAUCAAAACUCGGGCAAUUUUGCACGCACAUCUCAGCCGAAUCCCCUUAAAUCCCGAAACGCUCGACAAAGAUCGUCAAUUUAUCCUGAAAAAGUGUCCCUACUUGAUCCAAGAGAUGGUUUCGUGCGUCAAUCAACUCAUAAUCUUGGCAUAUGCGCGUCGCAUCUCCAAAUUACCGCACAUCGAAACGAUCGAGAACUGCAUGAAAUUGUCGCCGCUCAUCGUGCAAGGCCUGUGGGAGUUCAAAAGUCCCCUGCUUCAACUGCCUUACCUCACGGACGACAAUUUGCGGUAUUUUGUGGCAAAAAAACGCCCCAUACGCACACUCCAGCAAUUCGCACAACUUUCGCCCGAGGAAACGCGCAGCAUUUUGCGAAAUCUCACCGAAACGGAAUACGAAAAUGUCAUGAAAGCCCUCGGAAAUAUGCCAGUUGUGGAUUUCAGCAUACGAUGCGAGGUUGUUGACGACGAUAACACAAAUGUCGUGACGGCGGGAGCUAUUGUUACCGUUACGGUGUUCCUGAAACGUCGAAAUAUGAGUGAAUUAUUCGGCGCAUCGACAAUUAACGAGAAGGCAUUGAUCAAGGAUGCCUCGAAAGAUGGCGAAGAAGCGACGGGCGAGGCAGAAGAAGGCGAUGCCGUGGCACAAAAACCCAAAAAACCCGUGUGGAUGAAGAGUAAGGGCGGCAAAGGAGGCAAAAGUAAGAGUAAAGGAUCAAAACCGAAGGUAAAGGCAGCAGGAAAUGCCGCUACAACGACAACUGCAGCAACAACGACACCGAAUACGGAGAAAAAAUCGAAGAAGGAACGUGAGGAUUCGGAUGACGAGACGUCUGAAAGUGAAAAUGAAGAAGAAGAACGGAAGAAGGAGUCCACAGAUGACGAGAAAAAGUCAAAUGACGACGAUGAUGACCUUGAAUGGGAAAAAUUCCAAAAGAAAUUGAACAAAAAAGAAAAACUGGAGGGAAAAUCUAAAGUGUCUCAUUCAGUUCACAGUCCAUUAUUCCCUGAAGACAAACAAGAAUAUUGGUGGACUUACAUCUGCGAUCGCAAAUCAGGUACACUCCUAACAGCACCGUAUCACGUGACAAAUUUGGUCGAUUACGAAGAAGUUCAGCUUAAAUUCACAGCUCCGCGAUGGGCUGGCGUCUAUACAUUCAAUGUGUGUCUGCGAUCAGAUUCCUACCUCGGAAUGGAUCAACAACUCGACCUUAAGUUAGAUGUUAAGGAAGCCACUGCAAUUCCCACAGAGCUGCCCGAAUGGGAUCUCAGCGAAUCAGAAGCGGAACAGCACGACGAACAAGCUAACGAGAGUGAAUUCACAACAGACUCGUCUGAUGCGGAAGACGAUUAAGCAAAUCGCAUUUCUAGAAAUAUUUUUUUUUAUUUUCCUCAGAGGAAAAUUUAUGAAUGUUGUUAGUUUUUUUCUUCUUUUUUUUAUUAAUUAUUACAAAAAUUUAAUUUCAUGUGGAAUCCAUCACACGAUUUCUUAUUUAUAUAGAAGAUAAGAUGUGUAGGAACGGUAAAUUUGAUGUCAAAGAAAAACAAACAAAAUAUUUAAAUAAAUAGUUAAUUGCUUUAUUUUCUAAAUAAUACGAUAGAAAUUCCUAAAAAAAUAUAGUUUUCCGAUUAUUUUUAAAGAAAUUCAUUGGACUGUAACAUAAAUUUAGAAGAAACAAAAGAAAAAGGAUAUUUUCUUAUAAAAAAUGAUUAAAAUUGAAAUAAAAUGACGCAACUGGCGUUUGCUGGGAGCGAGUUCUAUA